AGAGUUUUCCCAUAUUUUAUGCAGGACCAACGUUAUAUAUCAGCAUCAGAAUUAGCUGGCCUGCUACACUUUUCAUUCCUAUCCCUCCUCUUACCUACAAUUAAAACGAGAUUUCAUAUCAGUUUUUAUUCAUUCCUCUCUUUCUCUCUCUCCAUAUGGAUUCAACGAGCUCUGAAAUUGCCCUAGAUUACUCUCCCUUUCUCCGCACAUACAAAGAUGGCAGAGUAGAGAGACUUAUGGGCAUCCAUGUCGUCCCUCCUUCUCUGGAUCCCAAAACCAAUGUCCAAUCUAAAGAUGUCAUCUAUUCACAAGAACAAAAUCUACCCUCCAGACUCUUCCUCCCCAAAAACAUCAACCCUAACCAAAAACUCCCUGUCCUUGUCUACUAUCACGGCGGUGGCUUCUGCAUUGAAUCCCCCUUCUCUCCUCACUACCAUAACUUCUGUAACAAGUUGGUCGCAGAGGCUAAUAUCAUCAUAGUUUCUAUAGAUUACAGAAGAGCCCCAGAGCACCAUCUACCAGCUGCAUAUGAUGAUUCGUGGACUGUACUCGAAUGGGUUGCUUCCCAUGUUAAUGGAGAUGGUCCUGAUGAGUGGCUGAACCAUCAUGCAGAUCUGAAUUCUGUGUUUUUCUCCGGCGAUAGUGCUGGUGGGAAUAUUGCACACCGUAUGGCCAUGAAAUAUGGGGAACAGAAAUUAUCUGAUAUUAAUCUUGUGGGAAUUGUUCUAAUACAUCCAUAUUUCUGGGGUAAAGAACCUAUUGGUAAUGAGGUUAAAGAAGCAGAAACAAGAUCAAAGAUUGAAGGGUUCUGGUAUUUUGCAUAUCCUGCAGCUAGUGGGAGUGAUGAUCCUUGGAUUAAUCCUGCUACCGAUCCAUUGUUUGGUAGCUUGGGAUGCAGCAGGGUGCUUAUAUUUGUUGCUGAGAAGGACUUUUUGAGAGAUAGAGGAUGGUAUUAUUCUGAGCUUUUGAAAAAGAGUGGUUGGGAAGGAUCGGUAGAGGUAAUUGAAGCUAAAGAAGAGAACCAUGUGUUUCAUUUGUUUAAUCCUGAGAAUGAGAAUGCCAAGGCUUUGCUUAAAAGUAUGGCUUCUUUCAUAAAUCAAGAAGAGAAGUCUUGAGAAUAUGUAUAUUAUGUUUUUCAGUUCAUCGUCUCCGAUAAGAGUUUCAAUCUAAAAGAAAGCUUUAUGAUUCUUAAAAUGACUAUACUCUUAAAUUAUAUUUUAUACUAUCUUAAAUUUAUGUGUAAA